AUUUCGCCGGUUAAGCCGGCUUCCAUCAUCCCCUUCAGGGGUCUAAGUGGUUGCCCAGUAGCCAACCCAGUAUUGGGAAGGCGGGGAGUUUGGUAGAUAAAGGGGGAACGCUGCUACGGCGGAUAAGUCUAGUAAUACCGGGAAGCAAGGGCCUGUUGUGAAGAAGAGUACUGUUGCUGCAGUGGCGGCUGCUUCAUCAGAGGCUAUGUCCGAGGAUUUAAAGCUUUCUAGAAGCAGUUGGUUGUCGAAGCUGUUAAAUGUCUGUUCCGAUAAUGCUAAGGCUACUUUUACUGCUUUGAGCGUUAGCAUUCUGUUCAGAUCAUCUUUAGCUGAGCCAAGAUCAAUUCCCUCGACUUCUAUGUACCCCACUCUUGAUGUAGGUGACCGCAUUCUUGCUGAGAAGGCCAGUGGAAGCAAGAUCGAUGAAAAGUCUGCCGUAGCUGAGGGGGAAAUGGAAGAUAUCUUAGGGUGCAAGCAGCCUCCUCCUAUGUCUAGAAAGGACUCUGUUGGGGACUUGCUGCUAAAUCUUCCAAGGAUAGCAUCUCUGCCUCAGUUCUUAUUCAACAUCUCAGAAGAUGUUGACAAUCAAGCUCGGUAGCAUGCGUCCUUCGGGUCUACCAGUGAAGUUCCUCGCCCAGAAACCUGUACAUAUACAUACGUUAGGGUCUUUUGCUGCAAUUUGCAUACCGUGGUGGAUUCGGAGAUUCUCAUUGAUGAAGAAUCCUAAAUGUUUUUCUUUUUGUGUUA